AUGGAGCUAUAUCAGAGACACAAUUACAGAGCCCUAAUGGAAGUGAAAAAUGUCAAGGUUCAUGUCUAUAGGCAUCUCCUAAUGGAGGCCAAAAGAUUGAAAUUAGCAAACAUAUUUUUUUGUAACAAAGCUGUGAAUAUGAAAAACAUUGUUGCUGUUGGAUUUGAUAUGGAUUAUACACUUGCACAAUACAAUCCUAAAACUUUUGAGUCCCUUGCAUAUAAUGGCACAGUGAAAAAGUUAGUCACUAACUUGGGAUACACUAAUGAGUUGCUUGAUUGGUCUUUUGAUUGGACUUACAUGGUGAGAGGAUUGGUAUUUGUUAAAAAGAGAGGAAAUAUAUUGAAGAUGGAUAGCCAUAAAUAUGUGAAAGUGGCAUAUCAGAGAUUUAGGUUAUUGUUAAAAGACAAAAAAGUUGCUACAUAUGGCAACACUUUGGUUUGUGAUGCAUUUGAUGAGCCUGAUUAUGCACUCAUUGAUACCAUUUUCUCAUUGGCUGAAGCUUAUUUAUUUGCUCAGCUUGUUGACUUUAAAGGAGUAAGUUGUGGGAACUGGAAUUCACGAUUCCAUUCCAUUGUUUGUUUGGUUGCCAAAUGA